AAGACAGGUGCUUAUAAAUGGAGGGCAGUUGGAGUGAGGAGAAUUGAAAAGGGUGGUAGGCCCGCACACUGCUCCGAUAGGUAAGUCAUUAGACGCGGUCGUGCCGCAUGUUCGAUAUCGCGACUAGUCAUCAUGUCCUCCGAGCUCGAGAGCCAAGCUUGGUUCGAGUCUACGUUUAUUGGCUUUCUGUUCCGACAGUUCGCCACACCGAAGCCGUUGCCCCCGGGCAUCCGACUCACGGAUCAGGUCGCCGUCGUCACGGGUAGUAAUGUAGGCAUAGGAUUCGAGGCAUCUCGACACCUCCUGAGCCUUGGGCUCUCUCAUCUCAUCAUGGGUGUCCGCUCGCAGUCCAAAGGGGAAUCGGCGGCAGCACAGCUGCGCAAAGAGUUUCCCGCUGCCGCCGUAUCUGUCUGGAUCCUCGACAUGCAAUCCUACGACUCUGUUCGCGCAUUCGUGGAUGAGUGCGCGACGUUGCCGCGCCUUGACGCCGUAAUUCUCAAUGCCGCACUGAUGAACAUUUCCUAUCGAACUGCUGCCACUACGGGGCACGAGCUUACGAUGCAAGUGAACUACCUGUCGACCGCACUUCUGACCACCCUCCUCCUGCCCGUUCUCAAAGCCAAGAAGAUCCCCGGGGCUCCGCGGCCGCCGGUGAUCUGCGUGGUCGGGUCGGACUUGGCCUAUCGGGUGGAUGUCGAGACCAGAGGUUCUCUGCUCCAGCACUUCAACACCCCCGAAGGCUUCGGCCAGUUUCUCUGGUACGGAAGGUCUAAGGUGCUGCUCACCUUCUUCCUCACCAAACUGGCCGAGUUCGUCAACCCCGAUGAUGUCCUCGUAAACAUGCCAAACCCCGGCACGACUAGGGGCACCGCCUUCUUCCGCGAGUUCUCGACGCUGGUUACCAAAAUCAUAGCGAUUGGCCAGUUUCUCAUCGCCAGGCCGGCAGCCACGGCAGCCACUACAUAUCUUGACGCUGCUCUCGUUCGUGGCAAAGAGAGCCACGGGUGUUUCGUCAGUGACUGGGCUAUCAAACCGUACCCGCAAUUUUGGUACACGGCAGAAGGCAAGGAGUUCGGCGAGAAGUUGUGGGAGGAGACCAUGGAAGAGCUCAACUUCGCCGGGGCAUCUAAGGUUAUACAGGAUAUGAGUGCGUCUCGAUAGUCUCGCAGUUCGCUGGGGAAAUGUCCAUAUAAUUUAAUUGAAAGCUACGGUGCAGAAUGUCAUAGCCGGCGAAUCCCAGAAUCGUAGCAAGCCGUAGGUAAUUGUUGUCCUAGCAUCAUCCAUUAAGCCCU